AUGACAACCAAGUGGAAGCAAAUUGCAAUAGAAGAAUUUAAAUACCAUAUUAAACAACUUCGAAAUAGCUCCACUGGGCCAGUCAACAUUCAUAAUAGGUGUUUAAAAAAUUCUUCAGAAUUACUUAUUCAGCAUUUAACUAAGUUGUUCAAUCAAAUUCUGAAGCAAGGUUAUAUUCCAACGAAAUGGAAAACGGCUAACGUUAUACUUAGAAUGAAACCGAAGAAAGACAAGCAACAUCCGUCUAGUUAUCGACCGAUUAGUCUCCUUAGUUGCUUAGGCAAACUAUUGGAGACAAUAAUCAAACAACGAAUAAUGCUUGAAGUCGAACGAAGAAACAUCUUACCAGAACACCAAGCCGACUUUAGACCAGGAAAAAGCACAAUUUACAACAUUCUGCGAUUAGAACGAUACGCUCAGAAUCAACUUCGAUGUGCUCGAAGACACUCAGCGGUUAUUCCAUUCGAUAUAAAAGCUGCAUUCGAUUCAGUAUGGCAAGACGGUCUGAUACACAAAUUAAAUGAUCUUCGACUUCAUAAACAAUUCAACUUAAAGAGCGGUACUCCACAAGGAUUUCCAUUAUCACCACUAUUAUAUAUUAUGUAUACUGCAGAUUCGAUGAAUGAAAUACCAACUCAUACAGAACAUGGAUUAUUCGCUAACGAUACAGCACUCUGGACGUCAUCCAACAUCAUGACAUAUCUAUCAUCCAGAUUUCAACAAUCCGUAUAG